AUGAGCAGCUCUCGUGUUGCCGGGACGGACGGGCUGCGGUAUUGGGGCGAGGCGGAGAAGCUUGUCCUUGCCUUCGACGUCGGCAACUCUGCCUCCUCCGUUGCCCUCACACAUCUCACCUGGUCCUGCGCACCCCUCUCGACCCCUUCCGCCCUUCGCACCGUCCUCACCUUCCCCUUCUCCUCGCCCUCUCUGACGCCAAUUCCCUCUCGCACGCCUUCAAUGAUGGCCUAUGACCGCGAAGACACGCCGAGGAUGUAUGGCGCUGAGGCGCUCACGCCUGAGGGCAGGGAGCGGAUUAAGGAGGAAGGGUGGGUUGUCGUGAAAGGUUGGAAGGAGCAGAUGAGGCCGAUGGACUCGCCUUCGUCUGCAACAUCGACAUCAGUAGCGAAGAAGAAGCUGCUUCGCAAGGCAAAGCCCGCCCCGCUCUCCUCGCCUUCGCCUUACGCCGCCCGACUCGCUCCCGCUCCCGCCUCGAUGGGCACUUCGUCCACCUCGCUCGCCUCGAUGAAGGGUUCGACGUGGUCUCUGUCCUCCGAAGGCCUCCUCGACGCCGUCGACGCUCGCGCAGAUUACGACUGGGUCGACUUGACGAACACGCCGUCGAACGGAUCGGGCGGCAGCUCGACCAAGGCGGUCGCCCCGGUCGAGAAGAAGCGCAAGGUCGUCACGGUGCAUAGCGGUCCGAGGUUGCGCGACAUCUACGCAGCUUGGCUCAGACACCUGACCGCAUGCGCCCGCGCCUGGUUUGGCGAACGCACGCCAAACGGCGAAGCGACCUUCCUCCGCCUCUGGUCGACCUGCGUCUUCGUCAUUGCCAUCCCAGCAGAUUGGACGACAGCCGAGACCGACAUGAUCCGCGAGUCGAUGGAAGACGCUGGUCUGCUACCUGAGCGCUUUGCAGUCGGAAGGCUCAUCUUCGUCAAGGAGCCGGCGUCAAUUGCGCACUGUGCGCGACGGCACACGAAAGAUCCGGAGAAGACGUGGCUGAAAGAAGGGGGUUCAUUCGUGCUCUGCGACGCGGCGGAGGAAGGUGUUUCCAUCAUCGGCUACACCGUCGCAGCGAAUCACCCGCGACUGCGCUUGCGAGCUUAUGAGCCUGUCUCCCGCCUUCCCGCCGGAACAGCCGCCAUCACCUCCGCUUUCCGCACGUUCCUCGAGCUACGCCUCGCACGGACAAAGUUCAAGUCUGCCUCGAUCGCCUCGCACCUUGUCGAGGAGUUCCGCACGAAGGUCUUGCCCGUCUUCGCCGGCGUCGCGGUCGCACCCGAUGCGGAGUACAAGCUGAGGAUACAGAAAGACGGGGCGGAGAUGGAUCACAAGCUCGAGAAGGGCAUCGACUCUGGAGCGAGGAUCCGAGAUGGCUGGAUGACCCUCACAGCACAAGACGUUGAGGACGUCUUCAAGCCGGCCGUUAACGACAUCAUCGUCCGCCUCUCGUCGGUGCUCUCGCGAGGAAGCGCCAAGCACAUCCUCCUUUCCGGCGGCUUCGGCGAGUCGCCCUACCUCGUCCACCGUCUGCGCGAGACAUUCCGUCCUCCACACGCCUCGCUCGUGAUCCCUUCGCUCCCCGCGCACUCCGCCGUCUGCGAAGGCGCGCUCCGCUUCUACCUAUCCGAGACGCUUCAGCCCCGAACGACGAAGUUCGCGCUCGGAGUGAUGACGGCCGUCGACUGGGCGACGUCCUGGGAAAAGGCGAUGGCGUCGAGGGAAGUCAGCGUGGGAAGCGGCGGGCAGAAGUACGUGCUCGGCAAGUUCAGCGAGGUUGUCGCUAAGGACUCGCUUCUCGACCCGUCGACGAGGUGGACCAAGACGUUCAACAUGCAGUACAGCCUGAACCGCGACGAGCCGCCCAUACUAGCCGAGACGCUGUGGCUAUUUGACCCGGACGCAGCGCUGGAAGGAGACGACGGCUGGAUCAUCGCGCCGGACGGUCGACCACGACCUGGCUAUAGAAUCGCUGGCAGAGUCGUCGCUGAGCUCGACAGCCUCGUACUGAGCUUGCCAGAGCGGCGGACGGCGACGGAAGUCUACGUGCACCUGGAAGUGCAGCUCGUCGUUUACGUGGGCGCAGAGUCACUGGAAGCGAGAUUCGAGUGGGAAGAAGAGGGUCGACCAGCGGCUGGACCAGCGAUCAAGCUCAGCCAUGAAACCUUCUAG